AUUGUAGAAACACACUUGAGAAGCCUAGUCACUCCUGAAAUAAACAGCCCCAGUGAUGACGUCAUCAAAUGAGGAUCUUGCACAUGUGUAACAAGGAGCUUAUGUUCGAUAACAUCCAGAACCAUCUCUACAUCUUGGGGCCCUCAGCAAAAUACAGGAUAAGUUUAAAGCACUGUCUAAAUCUUUGUAAUUAAAUCAUACCUAAGAUCAAUUUCUUUAAACAAUGAACCUAAAAUAAUGUUUUGUCCUGUACUCUCAUGCAAUGUAGAUUGUGUUCAUUUUCACCAUGAUACCUUAGUGAUAGGUGGGAUCAACACAUAACUUUUCAAACGUGCAUAAUUAAAAGAAAAAAAUGUUGCCGAUUGAUAUAUUUCAAUACAUUUACAUGAAUUCACAUAAUUUUUUUCACCAUCAAAUUUGGAAAUUGUUCAGUAGCUUAGGGUGGCUGUGUUAUAUAUGCACUAACGUCAUUUCCCCCAGUUUUGGAUCUAACCUUCAUGGUGAUCCUCAUUAGUGGCCCUAUCUUACAGUGGAUAGGGCCAGAGUACAUCAUUAGCAACUCUAAUUCAGUGAAUGAUGACUUUGGGGGGCCCCUGGUGGCUGCAGAGCCCUUAGCAGCUGCCUAGUUGGCUCAUAGGAAGUGCCGGCUCAGAUCCAUACAAGUGUAUUUACCAAACCUAGUAGUCUACCUUAUCGCUUAUAUCAAUUAAACAUAUACACCCCACUGAGGUUAUAUGUUUCUGCUAAGCAAUAUCCUUUCAAUACAGUGUUAUAUUUUAACAUGCCAGUUCUUCUUAACCAAUUUGCCUCCAUGUCUAUCCAACUACAAGAACAUUUAGUGUAUAUAAAGUUUUAAGGAUUGAAGAGAUAUUAAAUUCCUCUAAAGGUUAAACGACACCAAAUGUGUUUGAGUUUGAAGGAAACAUCCAUUAAAUGGGCUUUCCUCUAUUCCAGUAUUUCACUUUGAUAUUCGGCCAAGAGCUGAAAGAUGAAGAUAAAUGUAAAUAUAUGUAGGUGUCAGAUAUUAAAAUGUCUGUAACAAAUGAUUUAAGUGAUUUUCAGGUCAAUUUAGGGACAAAUAUCCUGGAAACAUUGAGGUUCAUAUAUAAUCAAAUUGGCAGCAAGCCUUGACAUUCUACACACUGACUACUAUAAGUCCAGCCCCUUCAGGACAAGAAUGAAACUGAUUGCAUUACAGUGGCAGCUCUGUGAUAAGGUUUGCACUGUUGUAUUUGACUUCUCAGGUUUCACGGCGAAUCCUGUAUCCUGUAGCGUGUUUUUCUACAGGAGUAGAAAAACUAAGUCAACACAUUUGCAGGGGAGCGCUAGAGAAAGAAUUAUAAUUUCGGAAGAAUGAACAACAGCCUCCAGCAGGAGGUUAUAGUCAUCCAGGAAACAGAGUUUGCCGGUUCAACCCAGAGCAAACAGAACAUGAUCAUCCACUUCACCAGCGGUGAAACUAUGGAAGUAGAAGAUAUUGAGGAGGAAGCGGCGCAGCCCUCGAAUAGCUCUCCGUUGAGAGAACCCAUGGAGAGGAAUUGGUUCUCAUUCAAGAAUGUGGCCAUUCUAGUUGGGAGGAUUUCACUGCAUGCUUGUGAUUUCCUUGGAGAGAGACUAGCCAGUGCACUUGGACUGAAUUCACCCAAAUACCAGUCUCUUAUAGAUCGACAUCAGCGUGAUCACAAGGAACCGAGCAGCCAGGCCUCCGGCGGCCUCAAGCAGGAACAAGGAGAGAUGACCCGCUUCUCUCCAAUGUUUGAUAUUCAAUACGGAGCUACAGGAGACACAAGUAGGCCCGCUGAUCUCCAGGGGAGCCAUGAUGGGAAACACGUGAGCAGCAAAGAUGGAUACCACAACCGAAGCUAUCAGGCAGAUGAGGAUUAUUGGAAAUAAAAGAAAAAGAAGCAAAGAAGCAGUAACAGUUAUGAUUGCAAACAGUGACGACACAGAAAGUAUGGUGGGACUCUUUGUAUAUAGUAUGGGAAUGUUACAAGAUAACGUGAAGGAUAAAAACACUGACACAUUGAAGAUGUCAGUGAGUGUACGGAAGCGUAUUGCAUUCACUUGAAAAAAACAACUCUGUUUUUCUGAGAUUAUUGUAAUCUAGUAUUUUGAUUAAGUUACAUUUUGCAUGGACGUUUCGCAUAGAGCCUCUGUUCAGCGGGCUACAUCUAACUGUUGCACUCUUAGACAGUCUUUUGUUUGGCACGAUUUAUUGUAUUAGCGCCAUGACGUAUAGCGUCGCUUAAAACUGUCAGACUCUCCUUCUGUAUAAAUACCAGUGAACUACAAAAGACUAAUGCAGCCGAGCGUUUGUUCUCUUAUACUGUCAGGAGGCCUCAGCCGAAAAAGGACACGAGAGAUGGUUAUUGAAUCGUGACAUCACUGCCGUUUAUUUUCCUUCACACUUCAAACCUUCUCUAUUGACAGAAUCCUCUUCCGUUAGAACCCCUUUCAAAACAAGAGUCCCAAUAAACAUCCUGCUUAUAACAGGAACUACACAUAAACCUUCCAUAAUAAAGCCACUAAAUAAAAUGGCUUACACUAUCAAACGAAAUAUUUGAAUUAUGGAGAAAAAUGAAAACUAUCCUAUAUCUAUCUGUAGCAUAUCCCACGAAAGACGGUCGAGACGUUCAACUGAUGUUUUCAGGAUUAUUUAAAACUUCCCUAAACAACAGCCUAAGAGAUUGUGCCUCUUUCGGGGGUCGCAAAAACAUAACACUUUUAAUUUGUGAAGUUACAGAUCAUAACAGUAAGUCCUUGUCUAGAAAGGAACUUCACUUUCAAAAUAAAAGCAUGUCACACAA